AUGGCAAAGCAGAGGCAACACGCCCUGCAGGAAGCGUACCCAGCCCCAGCCACUGAUGCCUCCCAGGGCCCCCUCCCCCUGGAUAAACCAGAUCAGUUGCCCCCCACCUUCCUCCAGGGUAGAAACAGGGAGUCUGCUGCCUGGAAUGUUCAGGGCCAAGCGCCAAGCCUCCCGGCCCCCAGCGUAGAGCCCCAGCCCCUGGCAUGGCCACACCAUGACACAGGAGCGACUCAGGAGUCCCCGAGAGUUUCGAGGGGUAACCUGGGAAACCCAUGGAGCAGUGAGAGUGGGUUGCUGAGCCUGCGACAGUCCAGCCAGGGGAAAUGCAAGGAAAGUGACACCAGCCUGUUGAGCAGCGGGUACGCAGGCGAUGAGGAGAACAGUGAGGUCAGCCUGGUGGGCAACACUCCAAUCUUAAGGUUGCCGAGAAGGCUCCACACCCAGGCAGGCAGCGCCCCAAGCAGCCAGCUGUGUACCAUCUACUCGCCCAGCCAAAUCAGAAGGCGGGCGGCUGGCCAAGCCCACGGCAGCAGGCAGGCUGGAGGGGAAAAGCGAGGCCAGCCUGCCCAGCAGCGGCCUCAGCAGCAGGGCCAGCAGCCUGACCAGCAUGAGCUUCAUCAGCCUGGGCAGCAGUGCCCUGAACUAUCAGGUGAGUAG